CGAUAGAAGCCGUGUGUACUCGGCACGUGAAGUUGUUUACUUUUUUUUUUUCAAGAGUCGACGGUCUAAUGUGGACGUUUUAACAGUCCUCCGUCGUUUGGGCUUUGACGAAGUGUUUUUAAGAUAAAUGGGGAAGCCAAAGAAAAAGAGUGACCUCAGCCGAGCUGAGCUGAUGAUGAUGACCAUCGCUGACGUCAUCAAACAGCUGGUUGAAGCCCAUGAACAGGGCAAAGACAUCAACCUUAACAAAGUGAAGACCAAAACCUCAGCUAAAUAUGGACUGGAAGCUCAGCCUCGAUUGGUGGAUAUCAUUGCAGCUGUUCCACCUCAGUACCGCCGGGUUCUGGUUCCCAAACUCAAAGCCAAACCAAUCCGCACUGCCAGUGGGAUUGCAGUUGUAGCUGUGAUGUGCAAACCACAUCGAUGUCCUCAUAUCAGCUUUACAGGAAACAUCUGCGUGUACUGUCCAGGUGGACCGGACUCUGACUUUGAGUACUCCACACAGUCUUACACCGGCUAUGAGCCAACGUCCAUGAGAGCGAUCCGAGCUCGGUACGACCCGUACCUUCAGACCAGAAGUCGAGUGGAGCAGCUGAAGCAGCUGGGCCACAGUGUGGACAAGGUGGAGUUCAUCGUGAUGGGGGGGACCUUCAUGGCUCUGCCUGAAGACUACAGAGACUCCUUCAUCAGGAACCUCCACGACGCCCUGUCUGGACACACGUCCAACAACGUGGCCGAAGCUGUCAGGUACUCGGAGCGCAGCGGCACCAAGUGUGUGGGAAUCACCAUAGAGACGCGUCCGGACUACUGCCUGAAGCGCCACCUGAGCGACAUGCUGAGCUACGGCUGCACGCGGCUGGAGAUCGGCGUGCAGAGCGUUUAUGAAGACGUGGCCCGUGACACCAACAGAGGUCACACAGUGCGAGCAGUGUGCGAGUCCUUCCACCUGGCCAAGGACGCUGGCUUCAAAGUGGUCGCCCACAUGAUGCCAGACCUGCCCAACGUGGGCAUGGAGCGGGACGUGGAGCAGUUCAUUGAGUUCUUUGAGAAUCCGGCCUUCAGGCCCGACGGUUUGAAGCUCUACCCAACGCUCGUGAUUCGAGGCACGGGGCUGUACGAGCUGUGGAAGACGGGACGGUACAAGAGCUAUUCUCCGAGCGCUCUGGUGGACCUGGUGGCACGAAUUCUGGCUCUGGUUCCCCCCUGGACACGAGUGUAUCGGGUGCAGAGGGACAUCCCCAUGCCCCUGGUGAGCUCUGGUGUGGAGCACGGUAACCUGAGAGAGUUGGCCCUAGCCAGGAUGAAGGACAUGGGCACCGAGUGUCGAGACGUGAGGACCAGAGAAGUGGGCAUUCAGGAGAUCCACCACAAAGUCAGGCCUUACCAGGUGGAGCUGGUGAGGAGGGACUACGUGGCCAACGGUGGCUGGGAGACCUUCCUGUCCUACGAGGACCCGGAGCAGGACAUCCUUAUCGGCCUGCUGCGGCUGCGGCGCUGCUCUCCUCAGUCCUUUAGACCUGAGCUGAAAGGAGGAGUGUCCAUCGUCCGCGAGCUGCACGUGUACGGCAGCGUGGUCCCUGUGAGCAGCCGAGACCCCAGCAAGUUUCAGCAUCAGGGCUUCGGGAUGAUGCUGAUGGAGGAGGCUGAGAGGAUUGCCAGAGAUGAACAUGGUUCUGGCAAACUGGCCGUGAUUUCAGGUGUAGGAACAAGGAACUACUACAGGAAGAUGGGCUACGAGCUGGAGGGACCGUAUAUGGUGAAGGACCUCUACGGUCCAGGAAGGGACUGAACUUUUAUCUGGACGCAGCAUGCAGUCUCCAGCACACACGAGUGAUUUUAUUUAUCAGGAGCAGAUUGCUGGGACACGAUUCCUGCGGUGCAGCGGUUCCAGCUUCAGAGGAGAUAAUAACGGUCGGGUUUUGUGCUCGGCUCAUUUGUCUGCUUUUAUCUGGAACACAAAGCUGCUGCGUCUCCUCUGCUUUAUUUAGAUAAGAGGACGGGACUGUGCUGGGGGCGCUUUAGACUUUACAUUUGGAGGUGAACAUAUUUUACAGGAAGUGUUUGGUUAAAGACAGGUGUGUGUGGGCUGACGUCUGAAAAUCACCAGGUGAAUUCGCUUUGAACCGCUCAGGAUCCAUGACAUGAAACAACAACCUGCAGAGGACGCUUUUACCUUUUAGGGAUGUUUUCAAAGUGAAACUCUGUGGAUAAUUAAUAUCCUACAUGUUGCUCACUACUAUAGCUAACACUUCCAUACGUAACUUUUGAAAUUAACCCUAUUCAAGAUGGCCGCCACAGUUAAAGGUAUAAAUGUCUAACUCAGUCAGUUUCAUACAGCUAAGGUGAUGUAGCGGAGUCAUCCCAAACACACACUUUCAGAAAAUGUUGCUGAUAUUUACAUGAAAAUCUCACUUUGUUCGUCACCGCAAACAGCAGCAGCUAGCUGUAGCACUUCUGGGGCGCCUCCUAUGGGAAGAUAAAAUUUCUGCCAGAAUCGUCUUGAAGCUGAUGACAGUUUAAAGGUUUGUGUAAGAAAUGUAGAUGUUUGGAGCUGUUAGCUUGUUAGUUAUUUAGUGAACAGAAAGAUGGCGGCGACUCCGUUAACGUCUGUUGACUAAAACUG